AUGGCGUCAGACCACUGUUCUAAGUAUGAGGGUGCGUCAACUAUCAAUUUCGUGUUCUCGAUAUUGAUCACGUUGGGAAUUAUCAUCAGUUAUAUCCCUCAGUACCGACGCAUCUGGCUUAAACGGACAUCAGAAGGGUUGAGUGCUACUUUCCUUUUGUUGGGAUCGCUGCUGUCGAUUUUUACCUUCACCAAUAUCAUACUCAUUUCUUCAAAAGCUCGUGAGUGUUGUUACCUGGGCGCAUUGUCGCCGUUCAACUGUAUCAACUCUCAGCUAAAUCUUAUCCAGAUCGGUGUCCAGUGUAUCUGUGCCAUUUUGAUCUUGGUGUUUGUUCUCAUCUGGACUAAUCAUUCGGUUAAGCAGGAUCGCGAAGAGUACGCUCGAAUUGUUCGAGUAGGCAACAUUGUCUGGGCUCAUGCGUUGGUGUCGCUUGUGGAGGUGAUUGUGGGCUUGUACACGAAGAAGAGGUGGCUUUAUGCUAUUGCCAACACCAAUGGUUUGCUUUCCACUGCUUUGACGGUCGUCAAGUACGUACCUCAGAUUUGGACUACCUAUCAUUUGAAACAUCCGGGUACGCUUUCAGUGGGGAUGAUGUGUAUUCAAACCCCCGGUGGGUUUGUGUUCGCAGCCACCCUUUACUUUACCAAAGGCUCCCAUUGGAGUUCUUGGAUCUCCUAUUUUGUGGCAGCCCUACUUCAGGGAACACUUUUGGCUCUUUGUCUCUACUAUGACUAUUUCCGAAACUCGGGUGUUCUGGCCCAAUUAGCUGAGCGGGCUCAAAUCGAAAGGAUUGUCUCCGAAAAUGAACGGGAGGACAUUCAUGAAGCCGCUCAUGAAGAGUCAGAAGAAGAACGAAGAUUACUAGAAUAA